UGACUUUCUCUCUCUCUUUAAGAUCCUCACAGUAAUCUUCCCCCACCUUCCUCUGGCCGUCUGGGCAGGGCAGGUGUUUCGAUUUAAGUAGACUAUGAAACAGAGAAGCACCAUUCGUGCCUUGAGACGCGUAGAAAGAGGUGUGGGUUCAGAUGCCUUCACCUCCCCUGCCGUGCAAGCCAGAUGGAGUCCUCGGGCACCCUCGAGUCCACCACGCCUUUUGAGUAUGACAUUGAGAGCCUCCUGUGUGAGAGCAAGACUUUUGUCUUCGCCACCUUCGCCACCACCAUCCUGUACUGCCUGGUGUUCCUCCUCAGCCUGGUGGGCAACAGCCUGGUGCUGUGGGUGCUGGUGAAAUUCGAGAACCUGGAGUCCCUCACCAACGUCUUCAUCCUCAACCUGUGCCUGUCUGACCUGGUCUUCUCCUGCUUGCUGCCCGUGUGGGUCUCCACCUUCUACUGGGGCUGGGUGCUGGGAGACUUCCUCUGCAAGCUGCUCAGCAUGGCCUUCUCCCUCAGCCUCUACAGCAGUAUCUUCUUCCUGACCGUCAUGACCAUCCACCGCUACCUGUCAGUGGUCAGCCCCCUCUCCAGCCUGCGCGUCCACACCCUGCGCUGCCGCGUGCUGGCGACCGUGGCCGUGUGGGCAGCCAGCCUGCUGUCCUCCGUGGGCGAUGCCAUCUUCCACCAGGUGCUGUCGUCCGACUGUGCGUAUUCGGAACUCUGGGGGUUCCUGGCCUCGGUGUACCAGCACAACAUCUUCUUCCUGCUGUCCAUGGCCGUCAUCCUAUUCUGCUACGUACAGAUUCUCAGGACCCUGUUCCGCUCGCGGUCCAAACGCCGCCACCGGACGGUCAGGCUCAUCUUCGCCAUCGUGACCGCCUACUUCCUCAGUUGGGCUCCCUACAACAUCAUCCUGUUCCUGGAGACCCUGCUGAAAACAGGGGUCAUCCGGAGCUGCGAGGUCAGCCAGCAUCUGGGCUACGCCGUGCUCAUCAGCCGGAACGUGGCCUUCUCGCACUGCUGUUUCAACCCCGUGCUCUACGUCUUCGUCGGGGUCAAGUUCCGCAGACACCUCAAAAGUCUCCUGCGGCGGUUCUGGCUGUGCCGGCAGCAGGUGCCCAGCCCGCCCCCGCUCCCCCAGUCCCCAGGUGCCUUCAUCUACGAGGGGGCCUCCUUCUACUGAGGGGAGUGGGACGGGGCAGGUGGAGGCGGACAGCACGUUGGUAAAGAGGCAUCUGUGGGGACCUGGCUUGAGGUUCGCGUUCGCACGACUCGGGAGGUACACUUUUAACAUACUAUGAAAACCUUUCCAAGGCACUUUGCAAAGAACCGCGGGCAUCUGGGGUGGGAGGAACCACUCUUAUCUACCCCAUCCUUACUCUGUUUAUAACUGGUUCAACUUUCCGCCUUUUAUCUUUCCUAAUAAACACA